AAAAGAAGUUAGGAUAUUACAUCCCUGGAUAGCCCUCCUCCACUCUUCCACCGGACUGCCAGACUUCUUCCUUCCAGGUCCUUUUCUAAGGGGCAGGAGAGGCCCCAUUGGAGGAAGCCCCCUCCUCUAACGUCAGAGAUGAGGGCUUUGCCCAGGUUUGCUUAAGGCGUGGCAACUGCCAAUAAAAGUAGAGCUCAGGCGGAACCUGGAACCUUCGCACGGCCUGGGGAGCCACACAGGCCAGCACUCCAUCAUGCAACAAGUGGCCCUGAGCCUGUUCAUCCUCCUGGCAGGCCUGCCUGCACUGGAGGCCAACGACCCAGAAGAUAAAAACAGUCCUUUUUACUAUGACUGGCAGAGCCUCCAGGUCGGCGGGCUCAUCUGUGCUGGGAUUCUGUGUGCCAUCGGCAUCAUCUUCCUCAUGAGUGGGAAAUGCAAAUGCAAGUUCAACCAGAAGCCCAGCCACUGACCUGGGGACACCCCACCUCUUAUCACUCCAGGCUCUGCCCACAACUGUUAAGGACUGAUCCACGAAAGAGCACAGAGGGCCUCUCUCUUUCCCUAUGUCCUGAUUCUGCACAGGAAACUCACUCCAGGAUGGAAUCCUCCCUCCUCUUCUCAGAAAGCCUUGCCAGGCCUCAUCUCACUUCUCUGUGGAGGGGUCUCUUCAUUAAAUUUUUAAUUUAAAAUGA